AUAUAUAAUAAGUCUCUUCACCCCUUUCACUUCACACCAUUCAAACUCAAAAGCCCUCCAAUUUCUUACUAAUUUCCGAAAUCUCCUAUCAAUGGCACCAAAGGCAGAGAAGAAGCCAGCAGCUGAGAAGGCUCCUGCUGCCGCCGCUGAGAAAUCAAAGGCCGGCAAGAAGCUACCCAAGGACGGCGGAGCCGCUGCUGCCGUAGACAAGAAGAAGAAGAGGUCGAAGAAAUCAAUCGAGACUUACAAGAUCUACAUCUUCAAGGUGUUGAAGCAGGUUCAUCCAGAUAUCGGUAUUUCAAGCAAGGCUAUGGGAAUCAUGAACAGCUUCAUCAACGAUAUCUUUGAGAAGCUUGCUCAGGAAUCUUCUAGGCUUGCUAGGUACAACAAAAAGCCUACCAUCACUUCUCGGGAGAUUCAAACUGCUGUCCGAUUGGUCCUUCCCGGUGAAUUGGCUAAGCACGCCGUCUCUGAGGAUCAGUUUGAGAGUUGAUGAAGGGAAAACAGGAAUCUGUAAAGCUAUUGAAUUCUAUCGAACUUGUAAACUGUUCCAUGAGGUGCGGGGAAAUGGAAAUUUGGAACUUGAUGAAUUUCGGCAAAGAAACCAUGAAGAAGGUAUGUGAAAUUUCUUGCAGUUACAGCAUGGAGGCUGUUAGAAAGAUGGACGAAAUUGUUAGAGUUAAA